UUCUUUCUCUCUCCGUUCGACCGAAGAAAGUGAGCGGCCUCUCCUUGUGAUGAGAGCGGAGAGGACGAGCAGAGCGGUGCAGAACAGCGGCAGAGGGCGGGAACAAGUUGUUGGCGAAGGAGGAGGAGGAGAGUGGAGGGAAGAUGGCUAGGGCUACCAAGGGUUCCCUCACGGUGGCGGUCGCAAUUUGCGCGAGGGUUCGAGGCGGAGCCGCACCCUCGCCCACUUCCUUAUCUUCAUGCCGGAAUCUCCACUCCUCUGGGCGCAAGGACGAUAGCCGCCGCCAGGAAUACUCCACGGGUGCGGCCGCGGCGGUGGAGGUGGAGGGCGGGAUCCCAGGCGGUCUGAGACGGUUACCCGGCCGCCAAGGCUGGGAUUUGGCCGGAGCAAUCGAGUACCUCGAGUACCGGAGGUCCUUGUACGGGGAGAUCACGCAUAAGGCCCUUCUCGUGGACGCCGUCGGCACCCUCGUUGCUCCCUCCCAGCCCAUGGCUCAGAUAUACAGACAGAUCGGGGAGAAAUACGGGGUGAAGUAUUCUGAAAAUGAGAUACUGAAUCGGUAUCGAUGGGCCUAUGAGCAACCCUGGGGCAGAUCAAGGCUGAGGUAUGUGGAUGAUGGGAGGCCUUUUUGGCAACACAUAGUUAGCUCUUCUACAGGCUGUUCUAAUUUGGAGUACUUUGAAGAACUCUAUAAAUAUUAUACAACUGAGAAGGCUUGGCAUAUCUGUGACCCUGAUGCUGGAAAUGCUUUCAGAGCUUUAAGAAAGGCUGGAGUGAAAACAGCUAUAGUCUCAAACUUUGAUACCCGCUUACGGCCUCUUUUGCAGGCUUUGAAGUGUGAUCAUUGGUUCGAUGCUGUUGCAGUGUCUGCUGAGGUAGCAGCUGAGAAGCCAAACCCGACUAUCUUUCUUAAAGCAUGUGAGUUGCUGGGUGUAAAACCCGAGGAAGCAGUUCAUGUGGGUGAUGAUCGCAGGAACGACAUAUGGGGAGCUAGGGAUGCAGGCUGUGAUGCAUGGUUAUGGGGCAGUGAUGUUCACUCUUUCAAUGAGGUUGCUCAAAGAAUCGGCAUUCAAGUUUAAGGAUUGGCUCCUUCGAUUCAUCUGUUGUCCAUGUAAUCUGGUUUUUAGGUAAUGUGUGCUGUAUCUCGUCCUCUCCUUCGUGUCGGCCCUUUCCAUUCUGCAGCGACAUAAUCUACUUUCUCUGUGAUAUGUUCAGUACCUCUUUGGCAUCAGGUUCCUAGUUUAAUUUGUAUUAGAAGUUGUAAUUACAGUAAUAAAAGGCAUAUGUAUCAGGAGAGUGGGGACUCUGUGAACAUGCUCUACUCAUGACCAGAGAGCUUUGUAGCCAUUACUACUUGUCUUUGCAAGCAGAUUGCCUUUGUUUGUG